AUGCCAAAAGACGUGAAGAAGCGCGGUGGACCGAAAUAUGUGAAUCGUCGGAACAAGGCGAAAUACCUGCAAAAGAAGGAAAAUAAGAAGAAGUUGUCAAAAUCACAAGUGUGAGUUGUUUACGUGUUCUAUUCUAUUUUUCCAAGCCUAAAUUGUUUGAAUUUUCAGACCAAUUAUCAAAUAUAAUUGGGAUGAAACAAAGACGCCACGCGAAAAUAUUCAAGACAUGGGAAUUGCAUUUGAUCCAAACGAGGUGGUAAAAAUGGACUCGGGUCGGAAAGAAAUCAUUGACGCAGUGCCAAUUGAAGGCGAAGACAAUUUAGAACCUGUGAAACCGGAGAAAAAAGUGACAAGAAGACCGAAAAAUCAAAAACAGGCUGAUUAUAUUGUUCAAAGAUUGGAAGAAGAAGCCAAGGAGGCGAAUGAUAAAAUCGCGGGGCAAAACCGGAAAUUCCGACUUUUCCACAGAGAAACUGAACUGUGUGUUUAUAUGUUGGCGAGACACGGAGACGAUUUUCAGGUAUUCAGAUCAUUUUUAUUCUUUAAAAAAAGCAAAAACCUUCAGGCAAUGACAAGAGACCCGAAAAAUCUUUGGCAAUACACACCAAAACAAUGGGCGAAAAAAAUCCGGACAUAUCAAGAUUCCGAGAUGUGCAAAUUUAUCGAUAGUGUCUGA